CGUUAAAACACUCUGAGCUUUCGUUAAACGCGGUCGUGCCUUUCUGUCUUUCGUUUUAACGUUCCGUUUGCCGUGAUAGCCAUUCCAUUUUUUUUGGUGGACAGUGCAUCGUAGCAUUGUUGUGCAUACCGAAUACCGAUAUAGCCCAGGCCAGGCCAAGACACCACCAACCUACAUUUCAACCAGCAUUUUUUUUGUUUAAGCCAGGCUCCCUGCAAACCCGCAAACCCGUUUCUCCAGCAGCAACAUGUCGUCCAACCGUGCACCCAAGUCUGGUUUUGCCGCCGAGGCCCAACGCAAAAUUAACUCAAAGUACAGCGAGGAGCUGGCCCAGGAGUCCCUGGAGUGGAUCAAGUCCGUGACCGCUGAGCCCAUCAACACGUCCGGGGACACGGACAACUUCUUCGAAGUGCUCAAGGAUGGCGUGAUCCUGUGCAAGCUGGCCAACGCCCUGCAGCCGGGCUCCAUCAAGAAGGUGAACGAGAGCAAAAUGGCCUUCAAGUGCAUGGAGAACAUCUCGGCCUUCCUGGAGUGCGCCAAGAACUUUGGCGUCCCCACCCAGGAGACCUUCCAGAGCGUGGAUCUCUGGGAGCGCCAGAAUCUGAACUCUGUGGUUAUCUGCCUGCAGUCGCUGGGUCGCAAGGCCUCGAACUUCAACAAGCCCUCGAUCGGACCCAAGGAGGCCGACAAGAAUGUGCGCAACUUCAGCGACGAGCAGCUGCGCGCCGGCCAGAAUGUCAUCUCCCUGCAGUACGGCUCCAACAAGGGCGCCACCCAGUCGGGCAUCAACUUCGGCAACACCAGGCACAUGUAGAAGUGGCAGUGGCAGCAUUAGUCCACCUCCCCCCCACCCUCACCCAUCUCCACUCUCAGACAUUCCGCAAUAAAGCCAAAACCAAAAGCCAACAUCUUCCGCUGCGGCUACCUUCGGUAGUUUUGGCAUUGAGUCCUCUUUGAUUUGGGUAUAGUUCAGGUUUAAUUAUGACAUUUUGAGAACACACGAUAAAUUAUAUGAAAUAUGUAGAGAGAGCGAAACCAGAAGCGAUUAACGAUUAACGAUUAUAUAUUUAUGAUACCAAUUUGUAUUUGUAUUCCAAUUGUAGCAGGCGAAUGCUGUUAUGUUAUUACAUAAACUACAUUUAUUUUUUUUAAA